AUGUUCGUUAUUUUUGAAAUCGCUGUUAAUGCUUGUUCUGUACUUUCUACGCAGCCUAAGCAAAUUCACGAGAUUAAGGACUUCCUUCUCACUGCCAGAAGGAAGGAUGCGAGGUCGGUGAAGAUCAAGAGGAGCAGAGAUGUGGUUAAGUUCAAGGUCAGAUGCUCCAAGUAUCUCUACACACUGUGUGUGUUCGACCCAGAGAAAGCUGAUAAAUUGAAGCAAUCACUUCCUCCAGGUUUGAGCGUCCAAGACCUGUAA